AAAUUACAUCUACAAUAUGUGUUAUCAAGGAGGAAGGUAAAUUACUUCAACUUUGUCAACGUAUUGAAAAUAUAUUUAACCAAUGGGAAAAUAUUAUAUCUUCUCGAACAGAUAUUCAAAAUAAGUGUUGUGAUUACUUUAUUUAUUGGUUAUAUGGCAAAUUAGUUGAAUACAAUUUUAAUUCUUGGGAUAUCUUCUCGGUAUACGAUAAAUUUUCUAGUUUUAUAAUAAAUAAAUGCUUUAAAGAAAAUAACAAUGAAUUCCAUAUAAAAAAGGUAUACGAUUUAAAAGCAUUAAGGAAUAAAAAAGAAUUAUUCGAUUUUGUAGAAUAUUAUAAAAAUUUAAAAGAUAUAUGGAACGAUGGAAUCAUUGAUAAUAAUAAGAAUUAUUGCGAAUAUGCAAAGUACGUUCUUGAACUAUUCAAAGAAAUGGAAAAAAAAAAAUGUUCAUCAAUAUAUAAGUAUGAAAUAGAACAUUUCGCAAAAGAAAUUAUAAAUAAUCAGGAAAUUCAAUUUAUUUUGAAUAAAUGCCCUGAUAUAAAGAUUGAUAGAGAGUUAUAUAAACAAUAUAAAAUACAGUGUACGAAAGAAAACGUACCAGAUAAUGGAUCAUUGAAAAGUUCAUCUGAACCAAAUAGUGCUAAUGCGAGAGCGCAUACAGCUACUGUUCCAGGAAAUAAUUCUGCAGAAGUUGUUGCUGCUGAAAAGCUCGUUAAAGAAAUGAACAAUAAUGUUGAUGUCUUAAAACAGUUAUCAUCAUAUCAAAUAUUUAUAGAACUGAACAAUGAUGAUGAUAUAAAUAAUUAUGAUAGUUAUUGUAAAAACAUAGAUUCUACUGGAAGUAACACAUUAGAUGUGAAGAAAUUGUGUCAAAAAAUUGUAAGAAAUUUGAGAAUUAUGUAUAAAAUACUGGAAAAAGAAAAACGUAACGAAUGUUGCUUAUAUUUCAAUUAUUGGUUACAUGAUCAAAUAAAAAGUAUUUUUGGUGCUAAUCUAGAAAAGAGUAAUUACAAAAACCAUGCUCUUAAACUAUUAGAAUUACAAUUUCGUAUUAAUAAUGAAUUACGUAGGCAUGACUGUUAUUACAAUUUUAAUGAUAAAUUGGAUGAAUGGGAAGAGAUUAUGCAUUUGCUAUACUAUUUCAAAAAUUAUAAAACUAUUGCAUCUAAUGCACCUUCUGACCAAGGUAAACAUGAACAAUAUUGUAAAUAUUUCACUAAAAUUAAAGAACUGUUUGAAAAGCACAUAAAUGAUUGCUGCGCUUGCUUUAUCAAUCCAAGUAAAUAUUGUCUGAAUUACUGUCCAAAAUAUUUUAAAUGCGAAGAAGAGUAUUAUCCGAUCAAUCUUAUUGUGAAGCUAGGAUGUGCCGGAGAAAUACCUACUGAAAGCGCAGAAACGUUGUUCAAAUCGGUAACCGUUGACUAUAAGGCUUAUCUACUAAGUAAUAAAUCAAAUAAUCCAAAAAAAAGUAAAUCAAUCGAAUCCAGUAAAACAAUUGAACCAAAUGAAAAAUAUACAUCACCAAAAGACAUAUUUCAUGAAAUAAUGUCUGACCCCUUCAAUUUGUUCGGUAUGGGUGGUCUUUCAUUUGUUGGAAUAUCUCUUUUGUUUUUCGUUUUAUAUAAGUUUACGCCCAUGGGAUUGUGGUUGAAUAAGAAGUCAGUAAGGCAACAAAAAUUUAAUCAAAGUGUUCAUAAUAAAAAUAUGCAACCAGCAUUAGUGUAUAAUUCAGAACCUCAAAAUAUGAAUCCGCGUAAUGAACGAAUCCGCAUAGCUUAUCAAGCGGAGU